AUGAGAAACCACACAGGGAUAACAUUAUUCAUUCUUCGAGGAUUGACAGAUGAUCCACAGCUCCAGGUUCUGAUUUUUAUCUUUCUCUUCCUUACCUACAUGCUGAGUGUAACUGGUAAUUUAACCAUCAUCACCCUCACUUUGGUGGAUCCCCACCUUAAAACCCCCAUGUAUUUUUUCCUUAGAAACUUUUCCUUCUUAGAAUUGUUAUACACAACUGUCUCUGUUCCCAUGUUCCUAUACAACAUAUCAUCCGGAGAUUAUUCUGUGACCUAUAAUGCAUGUUUCACUCAAUUAUUUUUUGGUUUCCUGGUUGGGGCCUCAGAAUUUUUUCUCUUAGCUGUCAUGUCUUAUGACCGUUAUGUUGCCAUCUGCAAACCCCUUCACUACACAAUCAUCAUAAACAACAGAGUCUGUCAGCAGCUCAUGUUGGGGUGUUGGUUAUCUGGACUGUUGAUCACUCUUCCACCACUUAGUUUGUUUUUUGAGCUAGAAUACUGUGACUCCAAUGUCAUUAACCAUUUUGCCUGUGAUGUAUCACCAAUGUUAGAGAUCACAUGUUCUGAUACCAAGUUAAUAGAAUUAAUGACUAUAGCUUCAGCUGGGUUUACACUCAUCAUCACCUUAGUAUUAGUGGUUCUAUCUUAUGUCUAUAUUGUCAGAACAAUUCUGGGAUUCCCCUCUGCCCAGCAAAGAAAAAAAGCCUUUUCCACUUGCUCUUCCCACAUGAUUGUCCUCUGUAUAACUUAUGGCAGCUGUAUCUUCAUCUAUAUUAAACCCUCUGCAAAGGAAAGGGUGUCUUUGAAUAAGGUAUUAUCACUGCUUGUAACCUCAGUUGCCCCAGUAAUGAACCCCUUUAUUUACACCCUGAGGAAUAAACAAGUGAUACAAGCUUUUAGGGAUUCAUUGAAAAGGAGUUUAUAUUGA